AUGAUUCUUAAUGGCACCACUUCUGAUUUGGAAGUAGGAAAGGAAAUCCAAAUAACUACAUUAGAUGACAAUCUUAGAGACUACCAAGUCAAAUUAAUUGCAUUAGGUUCAUGUAUUGGUAGUGGUUUAUUUAUUUCCAGUGCUUCUGCUCUUUCUACCGCUGGACCAGCAGGUUGUAUCAUCGGUUAUGUUAUUGUUGCUUUCCUCAUUUUCUUCAUUGUUCAAGCAUUGGGAGAAUUGACCAGUUCUUACCCAGUUAGAGGUAACUUUUUAGCCUACAGUACCAAAUUCAUUGACGAAUCUUGGGGGUUCGCAAUGAACUGGAACUAUUGUUUGCAAUGGUUGGUAACUACUCCUCUUUCAUUAGUUUCUGCAUCUUUAACAAUUGAAUUCUGGCACACGGAGGUAAACACAGCAGUCUUCGUUGCUAUCUUCUAUGUCAUCAUUUGCAUCAUCAACAUCUUUGGGGUUAGAGGCUACGGCUAUGGAGAAUCUUUCUUUUCUGUUAUCAAAGUAGUCGGUAUUCUUGGCUUCUGUGUUUUGGCAAUUGUUCUCAUUGCUGGAGGUGGAGAACAAGGAUACAUUGGUGCAAAGUUUUGGCACAAUCCAGGUGCAUUUGCUAACUCGUUCCAUGGUGUUUGCAACACAUUGGUCAAUGCAACUUUUAGUUUCGCUGGUACAGAGUUAGUAGCUAUUGCCGCUGCUUCUUCUCCUAACCCUCGUAGAGCCUUGAAUAAGGCACUCAAACAAAUUUUUUGGAGAAUCACUGUGUUCUAUAUGCUUGCCAUCAUUUUAAUUUGUUUCUUGGUUCCAUACAACGAUCCGUCGUUGAUGGGUAACUCAGGCUCUUCUGCUUCUCCUUUUGUGAUUGCAAUUAAAAACGGUGGCAUCAAAGCAUUACCGUCUAUCUUUAAUGUCAUCAUUUUGCUUGCAGUACUUUCAGUUGCUAAUGCGAGCGUCUUUGCUUCUUAUAGACCCUUGGUUGCUUUAGCUGAAGCAGGCCAUGGUCCAAAGUUUUUGGCUUAUGUAGACAAAAAAGGAAGACCAAUCUACUCUAUCAUGAUUGCUUUAGCGUUUGGGUUGAUUGGGUUUGUGUGUGCCUCGUCGCAACAGGCUACUGUAUUCAAUUGGCUUUUGGCUCUCAGUGGUCUUUCUACCAUUUUCAUUUGGUUUUCUAUCUCAUUGGCUCAGGUCAGAGUCAAUUAUGCUUGCAAAGUGCAAGGUAUUUCCACCGAUAAUGUUCCGUUCAAAGCCAUGGGAGGCGACUACGGUGCUUACUUUUCGAUGUUUGUUAACAUUUUGAUCUUGAUUGCCCAAUUUUACGUUGCCUUGUACCCAGUCGGAGGAGAAAAGUUGAACGCCAACACAUUUUUCCAAGCUUAUCUUGCGGCUCCAGUGGUUCUAUUCUUUUACAUUAUCCACAAGGUGUGGACUAGAAACUGGAGCUUGUACAUAAAGGCUGACCAAAUUGAUGUUACUACCGGAAGAAACAUUAUUGAUAUGGAUCUUGUAACCCAAGAAUUGUACGAGGAAAAGACUCGUAUGAAAGAACAGCCGUGGUACUCUCGUUUCUUCAACUUUUGGUGUUAA